AUGAAUUAUAAUGCAAGAGAAAAAAGAAGUCAGCCGAAGGUGAACCGUGGGAACGGCGGGCGGGUGCACUUCCCAAAACAUCGACGCACGGCAGCGAGUCAGACGUGCGCCGGUCGGAGCGAGACGGAUGAUACGACGGCCAACGAGACAGAGAGGGACGGAGCGUGUGACACGCGAUCCCGAGCAUUCCCGAGCGCGGCCGAAGACAGCCGAAUGCAGGCGUGGGAAAAGGCGGCAGGUGUGAGCGAUCCAAGCAGUUCUUACUGA